AUGGUUAAGAAUGGACCGAGAGAGCCACGCAUAUACGUCCGAAAGCGCAUCGUUCUCACCAUGCCCAUUCCUCAGGUCAAGAACGACAUGUCAAAGGUCCAGCUCCUCUGUCUGGCGCACGUCUACAUCGAGCAGCCAGACCUCCACGCGUUCGACAAGUUGGCCAAAGAUUGCGGCUCCGCCGAGGAGAAGAGAGAUGGCAAGCACACCACCUACUUUCGCGGCUAG